GAUUCUUUAAAUUCUCUCUCAAACCCUCAAUCAUUUUGUUCACAUGCACCGUGAUGAUUGAUCAUUCUCUUUAAUCGUCCCUUCAUAGCUCUCCGAGAUUUCUAGGUUUCUAGGCUUUUUCCUUUUAUUAACAGCAGAGAGAGGCUUAAAGAAUAAAGAUGGUGAGAAGGAAGAUACAGAUGAAGCGUAUAGAGAACAAAUCAAGCAGGCAAGUAACGUUCUCAAAGAGGCGCAAUGGAAUGUUAAAGAAAGCUUUUGAACUCUCAGUUCUGUGUGAAGUUGAGGUUGCUCUCAUCAUCUUCUCUUCCAGAGGAAAACUCUAUGAAUUUUCAAGUUCCAGCGUGCAGGAGACAAUUGAACGCUACCGCAAUUAUGUUAGAGAUUCUCAAAAAGCCAACCCAUACUUGGGACAAAAUAUGGAGCAUCUAAAGCAACAAACAGCAAGCAUGAAGAAGAUGAUUGAUGGCCUUGAAGCUUCAAAACGGAAACUCUCAGGAGAAAAUUUGAACUCAUGUUCCCUACAAGAGCUGCAAGAGUUAGAAGAACAGCUGCGUAAGAGUGUAAAAAAAGUUCAAGAAAGGAAGAAUCAGGUGUUUAAGGAGAAAAUGGAGAAACUUAAAGAAAAGGGAAAAGCCCAAACAGACGAAAAUGCAAGGCUCUCUGUGAAGACAUUGAUUUUGGUGUGUGCAGUUGGCAUCGAUGAGAAAGCAAGCAAGACAGAUAAAUUUGAGUGAAAAUCCAGCAUCCACAUCAGAAAUUAAUAUUUCAUCUCCGGAUGUGGAGACUGAUUUGUUCAUCGGACUUCCAGAGAGAAGAACAUGACCUAUUCCUUAAGUAAAGUUGAAGAUUAUGAAAUCCGCAUUUAUUGGUAAUCUGAUCUGUAUUAUAUAUAUAAUAUGAAAAAUUUAAUAAGCCAUACUAUUCAUAAAUUAUAAAUAGUGUGGUUUAUUUAUUAGCUUUCGUACAAUGCACAGGGUGUGCACUAUUGAUUCAAUAAUGUGGAAACACUACUGAGGAACCACAAUGUCUCUUUCCAAAAGACAAAAAAUGGUGGUUCGAAGAGUGGAUAGUACUAUGAUAAAAUAAGGCUUAUCUCUUCUAUGGUCAAUGAA